AUGCUAUUGUACGUGAUGUUGCAAGUAUCAGCGAGAAAGCUUGUUCGAGCAUUAUUUAACAAUCUGAGUAUGAAUGAACAAAUUUUUCAACCAAAUGAAUGUAUAAUCAAACAAAAUAUACCAGUUGAAAGUUAUAAAUGCAAAUGUCCACUAAUUAGAGAUGAAGUUUAUGGUUUAUGUGCCGAUGAGCAUGAUGUUACAAAUAUGCCGUGUAGUCGUGCAGAAAAAGAAGUUCUAUGCUAUCAACAUUUACAAUAUCAUCACAAUCUCUCGUCACGUGCAGCAAAAAAGAUUGUUUUAGCUUUAUUGUCAUGUACAAAUUCUCGUACAAAAUUAUUUCAUGUCAAAGAUCUUGUGACCCAAUCCAAAUGCGCUGUGAGAAAAUUAAAAUGCAAAUGUCCAUUAGUUUCAAGACAUAUCUAUGGCGAUCGAGCUGAUCAACAAAUUUUCGUUUUUCAUCAUCUCACAUAUUUCCACAAAAUGAAUGGAAAAGCGGCUACAAAACUAAUUCGCGCCUUAUUAUCAAAUAAAGAUCCAUUAGAAAAAUUAUUUCAUUAUGAUGAAGUGAUAAUAAGUACAUUGACUUCUCCAGAUGGAAACUCAAAUUUAACUCAUAAUGUUACUCAACAAAAACCAAAACGUUCACGUAAAUCAUUAAAUAAAAAUCUUAACAAUAGUUAUCUGGAUCAAAUGCUUCAGCAACAACAACAGCAACAACAACAACAUAAUAAUCAGCAACAACAGCAAUUGCAAAUUCAACAUCAACAACAAUUACACGCAUACAACAAUAUUCAACAACAUCAGUUCAAUCAAACGCAUUUUGUUGAAAGUUUGCAUCAAGAACUUGGAGACAUGAGAACAAAAUACCAGUCCUUGUUAAAUGCAAUGAACACUUCCGCGCUAUCAAUGAAUCUUGUUCAAGAUUCCUCAUUGAUGCAAAAAGUACCCAACGGUGUCAAGAUGGAAGAACCCGAAAAUGUACCGUUAGAUUGCAGUGGAAAAAGUAAUGUUCUCAAAAUGAAUGCCCAUACAACAAUGCCAUGUCAAAUGACCUAUUCUUACAAUAAUGGUAUGGGUAAUACACUUGAUUUAAAUCCAUAUCAAUUAUUUUAA